AUGGCUACAGAAUAUGAGACCGUUGUUUGCUACCCCCCAAAUCCAGGGCCAAAUUGGAAGGUUGAAGCCACUAAGGUGUCUCGCACAUUGCAAGAGAAAGAGUUGAGGAUUCGGAUGGUUGCUAGUGGUAUCUGCCACACAGACGUGUUUGUGUCAUGUAUACCCCCGGGAGUUGCUGGGCUUGAAUAUCCCAAGGUUCUCGGCCAUGAGGGUGCAGGCAUUGUUGAGGAGGUCGGCCCUGGAGUGACCACCGCCGCAGUUGGAGAUCCAGUCCUCCUAUCAUACACCUACUGCUCAGACUGUGACCUUUGUGGUGUCAGUCAGAAACCAUACUGCUUGAAUUGGCAUGGUCUUAACAUCGUGGGGGAUAAGACUCUGCAAACUGCGGGAGGCGAGGAUAUUCAGGCCAAGUUUUUUGGUCAAUCAAGCUUCGCUGGCCAGAGUAUUGUGAGUGAGUCGAGUGUGGUCAACGUCAAGGGUACCGUCAACAACGAGGAGCUCAAACUGCUGGCUCCAUUGGGCUGUGGCUUGAUGACUGGUUCUGGGGCAGUAUUCAACUCUGCUAAAGCGAAAACCUUUGACAUUGUGGUGGUGACGGGAAUAGGAGCCGUCGGGCUAGGAGCCGUAAUGGCAGCCAAGAUUGUUGGUGUCAAAGAAAUUAUUGCGGUAGACCGAAUCGGUCACCGGCUUCAGGUCGCGAAAGAGCUCGGCGCCACUCAGAUUCUCGAAAGCAAGCCGGACACAAAUCUCACCGAGGAACUCCAAAGGUUAGCAGGAGGCGGGCGUAUCUCGUACAUCUUCGAGACGACUGGUGUAGUCAGUGUCAUACAAGGGGCUUUGAACGCCUUAGGAAAGCAUGGGAAGUUUAUCCAAAUAGGUGUCCCUGCAACGGAUGCAGAACUCAAGAUACCGUUAUAUCAGCUCUUGUCGCAAAAUCAGGCAUUUGAGUGCAUCUACCUGGGUGACACUACCGGUCAAGAAUGGGUACCGAAGAUGAUCCAAUGGUGGCGAGAAGGAAAGUUUCCGAUCGAAAAACUCGUCAAGUUUUAUCCAGCCAGGGAUGCGCAGGAGGCCUUGCAUGGGAUGGAGUCAGGUGUUGCCAUCAAACCUGUUCUUGUGUGGUAG